AUGGGAGAGCUUCUCGUUACCAACAUCGACUCUCUGGCCAAGGAGAGUGACGUGGAGCUCGCCAUCAAGGAGAAGCUGGGAGCAGAGCCGGGAAUCACGCGUGUCGAACUCUGGGAGCUCCAUGAUGGCACGAGGCGCGCUCGAGUGCGGUUCCCGCUCACAAAGGCACGGCUUCUCAUCGGUCAGAAGCUGACACUGUGCCAAUGCGUCAGCGGCAUCCGCGAAGUGCCGAAGAAGCCGCUCGACCGUCAGCGUUACUUCCGUUGCCUGUUGAUGGGGCAUCUGGCGCGAGACUGUCGUGCCUCGUCGGACCGGUCGGGUCAGUGUUUGCAGUGUGGCGAAGAGGGUCACUGCAUUAGCCAGUGCACUUCGACAGCUAAGUGCAUUGUCUGCCAGAGGCCCCAUCGUGUGGGCCACUCAUCGUGCCGCCAGAAGCAGCAUUCGCGGGCGUAA